ACUUAAUAUGACUAUUGCCGGUUAAAAGAUUGUGUAAGGUUGUCUAAAACGUCGAUUUUUUUUUCUAAUAUGACCUUAAAAAAUUGAUCGCCAAAUUUAGCCAAACAUUGAUAUAAUUACAUAAAACGUCGUGAGAAAAACAUUAUUUUCGUGAUUUGAAGUUUUGAAUUAAUUUAUUGGGCUUUGGCAAAUAAGAAUUAGUAACACUGUAGUUAACUGUCAAACAUUAAUUUUAUUUAUCAACAAACCGUGUUUUAUUUUAUUAUUCCGUUUUACAUAAAAUGUGCGACAUCAAAGGUAAUAAUACGAAUAAAUACGAUAUAUUAUGUCAUGUCUGUCUCAGUUCUAACAGAAAACUCUCUGUACUGGGCGAAUUCGAUGGUUUAUUUCGAAAAAUAUGCAAUUAUCCGCUUGAAACGCCUAACAUCUACUUAUGCUGGGAAUGCAUAGCUAUGCUUAAAAAAAUGCAGAUAUUUCAAGCAAAAGUUGUUGAAGCACAGAGAUUAUUACGUUUACAUUGUGCUGAAAUACAGUGUAUUCAAACAAAAUCAUUGUCAAACUUAAGAAUAUGCCCCAGAAACCAAAUAAUAGACAUAAUAUAUGAUGAAACAUUGAAGACAGAACUGAAAACAUAUGAAGAAGAAAAAAUAAAAUUAUAUGGAGAAGAAAAAAUACUCAGAGAAUAUAAAAUAAAUGUGAUUGGAGAAGAAAUAGAUUUAAAACAUACAGAAAUACAAAACAUAUUUGAAGAUAAAAUAAAUGUGAAUGGACAAGAAAUAGAUUCAAAACAUACAGAAAUAGAAAAAAUACUUGGAGAAGGUAAAAUAAAUGCGAAUGGAGAAGAAAUAGAUUUAGAACAUACAGAAAUUAAAGAGGAAGUUGAAGAAUACAUUGAUUCUGAUUAUUGUGACGAGGAUAUAAAGCAAGAUUUUUUACAACUAAUAAAACAAGAGACCGAAUUAAAAAACGAAAAGAAAACAAAAUCAAGAUUAUACAAAUACGUUUUUGAUAUAAAAGAUGGGGAGUUUGUUAAGAAAUUCAAUGCUGAUUAUGAAAACAUAAAAUGUUGGUGGCAAAGAGAUAGGGAAAGUGAUAUAUUGAAAAAAAUAAAGUUUAAAUGUAUGAAGUGUUUGUGUGUUUGGAAAUCCAAGACACCAUUCAUGAAACAUCAAAGGAAAUUUCAUAGUGCAACCUCCGGCCCAUACUUCUGCGAUAUAUGUUCAUCUCGAUUCAAAACCAAACAGUCAAUAUUGCACCAUGUGAAGAAACACAGAGUCGCAUUGGAGUGCAUCGCUUGUGAGUUCAAAUGCUCCUCUCCUGACGUCAUGAAGGUACAUUUGAGAAGCCAUAAGAGUGCGGUACAAUGUUUGACUUGCGAUUUAACACUACAAGACAUUAAAACAUUUCGUAUGCAUUACAAGGCGACGCACGCUUCGUUUGUAUGCGACCACUGCGGGAAGCGAUGUUUCAGUAAACACACACUGGAGAAGCACAUGAGGCACACCCACAACUUCGACAAUUUCGAAUGUAAAGACUGCAAGAAGAGGUUCAAGAACUCGCGGAGUCUCGGUAAACACGCGCGCAUGCAGCACGUGGCGCCGACGAGCACCGAGCUCGCCUACUGCGUGCCGUGCGACAAACAGUUCACCACGCGAGGGCUGUAUUAUCAACACCUGAGCAGAAGCAGCAAGCACGCCGCUGAACGGACUGUUAAUUCCAGCAAGCCGAAAGUACAGUGUCCAGAAUGCAGCAACGUAUACUCGCGCAAGGUCUACAUGAUGAAUCAUUACAGGCAUGUUCAUGUGAAGAGAACAAAUUAUUACUGUUCGAUUUGUGACAAGUAUUUCCUGAACAACACUAGGUAUAAAGGCCAUAUGAGGUCUAAUCACGAAGGUGGUACUAAAGUGAAGAACAAAUUGUGUACAGUUUGUGGAAAGGGGUUUACGGAGAACAGAAUUCUGAUCCACCACAUGCGGACGCAUUCCGGCGAGCGGCCGUACGAAUGCUCGCACUGCAGCAGCCGGUUCGCGCAGAAGUACGCGAUGCAAAAGCACGAGAAGACCAUACACGGGGGAAAAAAGAGCUAACGAGUAAUAAAUAUACUGAUUUA